AUGCUUGUACAGCUGGCGAAACGGCUGAUGGAUCUUCAAUUCCUACCCCACAUCGUUGUGAUCAACCCGCACAUCAAGCAGGUGUAUGACUCCUACCGCCAGGCCUUUGGCAUGCUCACCGCGUUCAUCGGUGUGGCUCUUCUCAGCCUGCUGGACGAUCACAUGCACACACACCCUUUUCCACCUCGCUCCACCCCACCCAACCACCAUCCAUCCCCUUGUGUGUUGCAUGUGUCUCAGCUGGUGGACGAUCACACGCCCCUGCUUAUAGUGCUGGCACAGGGACUAGUGGACGACCAUACGCCUCUCGUGGUAGUGCUGGCACGGAGAGUGAGGGAGUGUUCCCGCUUAGGCUGUAACAUAUGUACACACCCCCCUCCACCCCUCUCCACUCCUCUCCUCCCCUCUCCACCCCUCUCCAACCAACCCAACCACCAGCCAUCCCAUUGUGUCUCAGCUGGUGGACGACCAUACACCACUGUUGGGAGUGCUGGCGCGAGGAGGGAGGGAGUGCUCCCCUUAGGCUGUCACAAGUACACAUACACACACCCCUCUCCACCCCUCUCCACCCCACCCAAUCACUAUCCAUCCCCUUGCAUGUCUCAGCUGGUGAACGAUCACACGCAUCUCCUGGGAGUGCUGGCACGGGGGGUGAGUGGGGGCUCCCUGCGACCACUGGCGGGGAGGGAGCUUACCCUCAACUCUCUUCUCCUCUUCCCCUCCCACUCAGCUGGCACGGGGGGUGAGGGAGUGCUCUCUGCGGCCGCUGGGCAUGAGGGAGUGCUCUCUGCGGCUGCUAGAGGGGAGAGAGCUCGACCUGGACCCCUUCCUGGACAACAUGCUGCGGUCGCGAAUCAGUUGCAGGAUCAUCGCAGAGCAUCACAUCUGCCUGCAGCAUCAACGACCAGGAUUCAUUGGCGUUAUCUGCUCCCAGCUCACCAUGCAUGCAGUGGUCCAAGCAGCAGGCCAAGCAGCAGUCAAGCAGUGGUCCAAGCAGCAGUCAAGCAGUGGUCCAAGCAGCAGUCAAGCAUUGCACGGACGUCUCUCGCCGCCCCUUCGUGUCAGCAAUUCCCCUCCUCGCAUUCGCCUCCCCUCUUUUCCCGCCCCCCCUCCCCCCGUUCCCAUCAGCUCUCAAUGCAAGCAGCAGUCGAGCAGUGCACGGAUGUGUCUCGACGCACCUUUGGCUUCUCGCCCUCUUACCUCCCCCCCUGCUCCUCCCUCUCAAUGCAAGCAGUGGUGGAGGCAGCAGUCAAUGCAAGCAGUGGUGGAGGCAGCAGUCAAUGCAAGCAGUGGUGGAGGCAGCAGUCAAUGCAAGCAGUGGUGGAGGCAGCAGUCAAUGCAAGCAGUGGUCAAGGCAGCAGUCAAUGCAAGCAGUGGUCGAGGCAGUAG